AUGGCAAUCCAUAUGGGACGUCAGUUGCUCCUUGCAGCGCUCCUCCUGCUGGUGCAGCUGUGCAUUAGCCCGAUCGAGGCCCGGCCAAAGGAGCCCAGGCCUGAGAAUUCUGGCGAUGGCGUGAACAAGGUUCAAGGCGAUGGCGAUGACGACGAUGAUUCCUCCUCGGAGGAAACCGUUGAGGAUUCGGAUGAGAGCCGCGGACGACGACGACGUCGCGAUGCUAGCCCGAUGACUGAACGUGCUGGCAUCCCGGGCCUGCCCGAUCCCGCAACAAUCAUUAAGUUAGCGCAACUCUUUCAAUCGGUGGGCGAACAGAUUGUGCCAAUUCUGCUAGAAGCCGUCCUGCCCUCCAGCGAUCCGGCUGGCGAACGCCGGGCCAGGGACUUGCAGCUGCUGAAGAACUUUAAGCGCACUCUAGAAGUCUAUUCCGAUGAGUUGCAACCGCACGCUAUGUAAUUCGAUUCAAUCUAAAACCAUAGUUGAGCGGCAAUAAAUUUGUCAACUGUUUAAUUUGAAAAUAAGAAAAGUCGUUGGUUCGAGUCCACUUUACAGUUACCCAGUUUUGUGGUUCGAAUUCUGUUUCGUCACACGGACUCGCAUUUGAAAGGAAGACAUUAAUUAUUUGUAACAAGUUGUCUCUUCUAUAAGCAAUUUGUAUAUUUGAGAAAUGAAACUGAAUUUUCGGGCUCGCACCGGCUUAAAUGUCGCUCGUGUAUAUGAAAAGGCUGUGGAAAUCCUUCAGUUUCUGGCAACUGCGUUCGACCUUAUCUAAAACGUAGUCGAGAAGCAAAUCAAUCGUAGUCGGUAGAUUGGUGCUGCAAUACAGAUUGCCGGCUACAAUGGUGGGCACGAGGGGCUGCAUUUCGGUCACAUUGCAUACCGAGUCCAGGCGUUCUGUAAUAGCCUUCACAAUGCUCUUAAUCACCUCAAAAUCCAAAAAGUUCCACUUGAAAAUCGUCUCACAAUAUUUGAAAAACGGUGGAAUUUCCGUUAUCGCUGGAGUUGUCGGAGGGGGAGUUGUCCCUUUUGUGGCUUUCGGCUUAUUGCCCUUGCCCUUGCCCCUGCCCUUAACCUUAGUCAUAGACUUGCCCUCUCCCAGGAAUUGGAGCAGCAGCAUACA